AUGACCCGGCAAGACUUCGAGCAAGACCUCUUACGGAGAUGGUUUCCCAACAACGGUGGAGAAGUGUUGACAUCCUUCACUGAGAAUGAUAUCCGUGGCAUCGCAGAUGUCUUGUCGCGCUGUGCACGGAAACGAUGGAGUCGCGUCCCAAGACUGUACAGCAUCCUCCGGAAGAUUGGCCAGCUAGAUACGUUAGACGCGUUCAUCGACGGCGACAUUACAGAUGUCUACUUUCCGUUCUCCAAAAGUACGCUUCCGGAAGCACUACGCGAUCAUUCGGCACGUCUCAGAUUCCUCGACUUGCAGCACCUCGUCUACAAUACCGAAGCACUUAAUCUCGAACGACAUGCGUCCCACGGGCACUUCAACGAUUCUACGGAGGUACCCUUGAAGAAGAUUGGAGAAUUGGGCAAGGGCGGGUCUGGGUUCGUCGAUCGCGUCGUCAGCACCAUAAGUCACCAGGAGUACGCACGGAAACUUAUACUGAGAGGGAGAACCUUCAAGAAGGACAAACAGGUUUUGAGAGACUUCACGAAAGAAUUGUCAAAUCUCAAACAGUUGUCGCACAAGCACCUUGUUGAGCAGCACACUACCAAAGAGAGCGGUUGGUUGAAGCCGGGACAACGUCCAGAAAUUACAAGUCCAAAGUCGGAAACCACUGUUCUUGGAAAAUUCUUCGAUGAUCCUUACGUUGACGUUGACAUCACUUCACUCAGCUCCAAAAAGAAGCGAAAGAACAAAUACGAGAUCGAUGAAGGAGGAUCUGAUAAAUGCUCAGAACAAGACUCAGGCCUGUGGGAGGGUAAUCUUCUUUCCAAAGCCCAUGAUCAAGUAUCCAGAGGAGACUAUCGUGAUAUGAGUAAGCAGAGCAAGAAAGGGGGUGUUGCUGAAGCUGUUAUCGAAGAACUGACGCCGCCAUUGCUAGAGUUGGAGCCUGUACCGCCACUAAAAGAAGAGAAGGCUGACUGGGGUUUGAGUCCGAUAUCGAAGAAGCAGAAAAUUGAUCUGUAA